GGAGUCUGCAGUUGGAUAAUAUGAUCCUCAUCAGUAACCAAGGACACGUAGGGUGUGGGCUGUGGAGACGAGAGAAGGACAGAAGCGGAGCAGAGGAGAGAGCAGCUCGGCUGACAAUCCUCUGGAGGAACCGUGGUGUUGGUGCACGGAAAAAACCCAAUAAAAAGUCCUGAACAUAUCCCGGUGUCUGCUGUCUCUGUGACCCCGUAGCACACGCUGUGUUACAGUGGCGCCCAACGUGGGGCACAGUAACGAUGACAGCAGAACGCGGAGGGGAGAUGGAGCGGGCAGUGGCGUCUCUCGCCCGGGCGAUGGCGGAGAUGUCGGCCAUGCUCCAGAGCCAGGCCGAGCGGCAGACCGCCACCCUGGAAGACCUGGCGGCUCAGCAGGCAGGCAGGGGGGGUCGCCCGCCCGCGCCCUUUGCGGGGGUCGUCCUGCAAAAGAUGACGGAGGCGGACGACCCCCUAGCUUUCCUCGACACCUUCGAGGCGGUGGCGGAGGCCUGUGAUUGGCCGGGGGCUGAAUGGGCGGUGCGCCUCCUGCCGCUCCUGUCAGGGGAGGCGCAGAUGGCGGCUCUCGCCCUGCCAGCGGCAGCACGCGCCACCUACGGCCAGGUGCGGCGGGCGGUGAUGGACCGGCUGGGGCGAUCCCCGGAGGACUACCGCCGCCGGUUCAGGGAGCUCAAGCUGGGGCCGACGGACCGCCCCUACACCUUCGCCCACCAGCUCCACGACGCGGCGGUGAGGUGGCUGCGACCCGGCGAGACGGAGGGGGAGAAGCGGGUGGUGCAGCAGAUUGUCCUGGAGCAAUUCGUCCAGGGGCUCCCCACCCGGACGGCGGCGUGGGUCCGCUGCCAUCGCCCGGGGACCCUACAGGAGGCCAUCACCCUGGCCGAGGACCAUCUGGCGGUCCAUCCGGCGGCCGCAGCAGCGGCGGGACCCGCAGCGCGUCCCAUCCCUGCGCCGCGCCGGAGGUUCGCCGCGGCAGGGGGUCCGCCAACGAAUAACCAUGCUUCUCCUUUUUCUCCUCCCCAGAGCUCACACCCGGUUCCGCCCGCGCCAGCUGACCCGGCGGGGGCCCCUCAAACGCCUGGGCAGGGCUGCUGGCGGUGCGGCCAGCCCGGACACAUCAGGCGGGAGUGCCCGCUGAUGGAGGUGGGCCAGGUGAUCCGGGUGGCCGGUCCGCCAGCAUCCUCCCCAGACUCAGGAGGGACAUACCGGGUUCCGUAGGGUGUGGGCUGUGGAGACGAGAGAAGGACAGAAGCGGAGCAGAGGAGAGAGCAGCUCGGCUGACAAUCCUCUGGAGGAACCGUGGUGUUGGUGCACGGAAAAAACCCAAUAAAAAGUCCUGAACAUAUC